AUGGAAAUGCGGUUCCUAUCCAUAUGUGGUACUCAAUUCUACAGAACAGAUAAUGGCAAUCACAUUGUCAGAGAAACAAGAGAAUUGGUCAUGAUGGAAAAAGUCAGGUAUGAGAAGGUGCCAGUAAUUCUGGUUGGUAAUAAAGUGGACCUGGAGAGUGAGAGAGAAGUAUCAUCGAGUGAAGGCAGAGCCUUAGCUGAAGAAUGGGGCUGCCCCUUUAUGGAGACCUCUGCUAAAAGUAAAACGAUGGUGGAUGAGCUCUUUGCGGAAAUUGUUAGACAAAUGAACUAUGCAGCACAGCCAGACAAAGAUGAUCCAUGCUGUUCUGCAUGUAAUAUACAAUAG